AUGAGCAAGCCGCCGUCGCUCUCUCGGCGCAACUCGCUCUCGAAUUUGCUGCGUCGACCGGCGUCCGACGAUGCCAACCGCGGCAAGCAGCUCUGGGGCAAAGUGCGCGAGAACCUCCAAGUGCUCGUACCGCCCAAGCCGACGACGCGGUACCGGCGCGUCGCGCGGCCGCCGCUCAUGCUGGACCCGCACAGCGACUUGAAGCUGCAGUGGGACCUCCUCGUCGGCGCGCUCGUCGUGUACACGACGGCGGUCGUCCCGUACCGCGUGAGCUUUUCGAUUGACGCGAGCGGCUUCUUCUACGUGUUUGAGACGCUCAUGGACGUCGUCUUCACGCUGGACAUUAUGCUCUCGUUCCGAACAGGGAUAACGUCGCCGGUCACGGGCCUCGUCUACUACAACAAGCAGCACAUUGCGCUUGCGUACCUCAAAGGCUGGUUCCUCAUCGACUUUGUCUCGACCGUGCCGAUCGCAACAGUGGCGACGCUUGUCGACCCGACGCUCAACUCAAACGCGCUCAAUACCGCACGCGUCUUCCGCGCGCUCAAGCUCGCCCGGCUCCUCAAGCUCGCCCGGAUCCGCAACAUUGCCCACAUGCUGGCCAAGUGGGAAGAAGAGAUGUUUGUGAACGAAAGUCUCCUCUCGCUGCUCAAGAUUCUCUUUUUCGUAUUUUUCCUGGCGCACAUUGUCGCGUGCGUGUGGUUUUACGCGUCGACGGCCAACCCCCAUUCGUGGGCAGCGACCAUCGGUCUCAUGGACGAGAACCACGGACACAAGCAGACGCUGCAGUACCUCGUGUCGCUCUACUGGGCCAUCGUGACCAUGUCGUCGGUCGGGUACGGCGACGUGGUGCCCCAGACGAAGCUCGAGAUGGCGAUCGCGAUGUUUGUCAUGGUCAUUGGCGUCGUUAUGUUUGGUUACGUGAUUGGGAACAUCACAUCGCUCGUUGACAACCUCAACGCGAGCGGCCGCAUGCAGCACGAACGCAUGACCCUCAUCAAGGAGUACAUCAUCGUGCGCAGUCUGCCCAAGAUGACAGCCAAGCGGCUUUUGGACCAUUACGAAUACUACUACCGGCAUCGCUCCGUGUUUGACGAAGACGCCAUUUUGAAAAACAUCCCGAGCAUCCUUCGGCACGAAGUGGUCCACCAUGUUCUGCGCAAGUUUGUGGCGCGCAUCGACUUUCUCUCCGAGUUCCACGAAGGCCUCGUGAGCGACAUGGCCGUCGCGAUGCACCCGUUCUUUGUCGUCAAGAACGAGAGCAUUUUCGUUCAGCACGAGAUCGCGGCCCAUGUUUUCUUUCUCAUGAAGGGGUCCGCGACGCUCGUCAAGUCGUAUGUGAACCAAAUGGGCGAGACGGAGCUCAUGCAGCUCUCGCCGGGCGUGCACUUUGGCGAGAUCGAGCUCUACCACCUGCGCUUUGGCCGCGGCGUGCGCCUCUGCACGGCCAUGGCCAAGACGUACUGCGAGCUUACGUUUCUGUCCCGUCAAGUCAUUGCCACCAUUGGCGAAACUUGGCCCGAAGUGCUCAUUCACUUUGAAAAGACCGCGAAUCGAAAGGUCCGCCUCAUGGCCAAGCGCGGCCAACUCGACGAGUUCAACACGAUCUUGGACAAGAAGCCGUCGGCGUCGAGUCUUCGGCACCGGCGCACGGUCGACGCCGCGCGAGCCUCUCCGUUAGAGCGGCGCGAUGGCAUGUCGCUGCCGCUGCCAGCGUUUGCGACCAUACCCUCGAUCGACGGCUUGCAAGCCAUCGACUUUGGGUCGUCGUCGUCGGACGACAGCGGCGACGACGAGAACGAGGACGUGAAGCGCGUCAGCAGUGCAUUCCAGCUCGACACGCAGAUCGCUCGGAUCCAAACAGCGAUCCGCCCGCUGGUCAACGAGCAAAAGCUCGCGCAUCAAAAUUGGAUCGUCCACCCCCACGACGCGUUUCUCAUCAACUGGCAGCUCACGGUCGCCACGGGAAUCAUAUACUCGACCAUCAUGGUGCCGUAUCGCAUUGGCUUCAACUCGGAUCCGUCCGGGCAAGGGCUCGGCGUCGACCUCUUUGUGGACUUUGUCUUCUUCAUCGACAUCAUCAUUUCGUUCCGGACUGCGUUCUACACGGCCGAGCACCAGCUCGUGUACCAAGCGAGGACGAUCACGUUUGGGUACUUGCGCGGCUGGUUCUUCAUCGACAUUGUCUCGACCGUGCCCAUCGACACGAUCGGCGGUCUCUUCUUGUCGACCGCCUCGUCGGCCAAGGUGCUCUCGUCGACGAAAAUUCUGCGCAUUUUCCGCAUUGCGCGCAUCUUCAAGCUCAUUCGGCUGCUCAAGAUCGGCAAAGUGUUUGGCCGCGUGCGCGACGCGAUCCAGCUGAGUCCGUCGAGCGAGCGGCUCCUGAAGCUGGUCAUGAUUAUGGUGCUUUUCGGGCACUGGAACGGGUGUAUCUUCCACUUCAUCAUGCUCCAAGAGGAAGAUCUCGGGCUUCGGACGUGGUGCACGGAAUAUUUUUUCCCGAAAAACGAAGACCCGGGGCUGUGUUCGAACCGCGUCGCGCUGGGCGACCGGUACUUGGCCUCGGUUUACUGGGCGUUUACGACCAUGGCGACCGUCGGCUAUGGGGACAUUCACCCGUACCGGUUCUCGGUGAGCGAAAUUCUGUUUACGAUCGUGUGUCUCUUGGUCAACUCGACGAUUUACGCCUACGUCGUGAGCGGCAUCAUCGAGGUCAUCUACAACUACGACCCGAGCGCGCGCGAAUAUAGUAACCGACAGAACGCGAUGAAGGAUUACGUGCGCGAGUCGGGGCUCUCGGCGCGGUUGAGCCACAACGUGCGCCACCACUACGACUACCUCCUCUCGACCAUGUGCCUCUUGCCCGAGGAGAAAAUCUUUAGUCAGCUGCGCCCGAGCCUCCGCUUUGACUUGGCGCGGCUCGUCGCGUCCAACACCUUUCUCACGAUCGGUCUCAUUGCUGGCAUGGAGAAGCGCUACAAAGGCUUUGUGAGCUACGCCAUGUUCCUCCUCAAGCCGCAGCUUGUGCUACGCAGCGAGCGCGUCUGCCACAGCGGCAGCCCAGGCACUGAAAUGUACUUCAUUCUGGACGGCGAGUGCGAGCAGCUCGACAAGGACAACCGCAACGCGCGUGUGGUCGGCGAGGGCGGGAUCAUUGAGGCGUACGCGCUUCUCGCCCAUCCCGACGAGCACUACCGCAUGGAGAGCUCCGUGACGGUCCUCACAAAGUCGUGCGAACUCUACUCCUUUGCCGUCCACGACUUUCAGACAAUUGCGUCCAUUUCGCCGGCGAUCUCGUCCAACAUGUCGUACGAACUCGCGCGGAGCAUCAUCCAAGACGACUUUUUGAGGCUCACAGAGCUCCAAGCCCGGCGCGUGGCCGCCGCGAUCGAGCACGAGAAAAAGUACCACCCCGUGGCGACCCUACCCCUCGACAACCUGCCGAACGUGGUUUUGACGACGGUCAAGGCGACGACAGGCGACACACUCACGAUGCACAUCAAACAAACCGUCCACAAGCUGGCCGUGCAGACAAGCCACGCCCACCCCGCGGAAUAA